AAAGUGAUAGUUUUCCAAUACAAUGUCACCUAACAAACACAUUUGAAAUGCACCACAAUUAAGUAACCACUAGUCGACCUUAUAUUAAUGUUUAGAAGGUUCAUCAACAGUUAGCCAAUUGCGUUUCGUCCACGGACCAAAAGACAGCACCCGCUUUACGCACAUCACGUAUUAAUGCUAGUAUAUAAACCAAGCCCUGGACACCCAUGGCAUACAUUGUGUAUCGCCAGCCGGUGGCGAUCAGUCGCGUCACAAAACAAUUGAAAACAGUGCAUCAUGAAAGUUAUAGUGCUUCUUUCCAUCGCGGCGUUCGCCAGUGCUCACCAGCCAGCAUCAGAACUCGUUAGAAACAUUUAUAGCGAAUGUUUGAGCCAAUAUUCAGUGGAGUGUGUGAAACCGAGAGCGUUGGAAUGGAUUUCGCGAGUAGCUAACGAUGAUGAGAUCAAGAUCACUGAAGAUUUGUCCAUCGUGAAGACCGCCAUUUUGGAUGAGGAGCCUAGAGCAGCUAAGGAUGACGCGUACGCGAUUGUCGACAAAAUUGAUGGGUUUUUGCAAACUCAUACGUUGAGAGUGAAAGUUCCUGAGGAGAUCACCAAGAGCGCAGCGUCGGAAUAUGUGCCACGAUCUCUGCUUUCUGGCUUGCCUUCAGAACUGGACAUGCCUCUGGAUGGUGAAGAAGAUGUUGAGGUGUUCGAAGGCAGGAAGAAGAAAAUCAAGCUGCCCAAGCCUUUGAGGAUCAAGAGCAAGCACGGUCUCAUCAAGAAGGUGUUGCUGCCUUUCCUCCUCGGCCUGAAGUUCAAGGCCUCAGUCCUGGUGCCCCUGGCCCUGGCCCUCAUUGCCCUGAAGACGUGGAAGGCUCUCACCCUUGGUCUCAUCUCCCUUGUGCUGUCUGGUGCCAUGGUUAUCUUCAAGUUUACUAAGCCCAAGGUAGUGAACUACGAGGUGAUCCACUACCCUCAGCACCAUGUGGAACAUCACGUCGACCACCACGCCGGCUGGGAGCACGGCCCCUACCAACGCUCCUAUGAGGACGCCCAGGAACUGGCGUACAACGGACAGAUCUAAACUGACACUGGCAUUAUUUACUAACUUAUUUAUUUAUUGAAACGAACUGUAAAUAAAGUAUGAUAAGUCUCAAUUUA